AAAUGUGUACAUAAUACGUACGUGAUAGUUGCACGGUAUACAUUUGCGGUUACACUUGUUCUACAUUAAUAUUGUAUAUUAAAUGCUUGUAAAUAAUAUUAACGUAAUUGAGACUAAAUGAGAAUAGAAUUUUAAUUGAAUCAACAUGUUACUGAAAUACCUUGGCAGUGUCAUGCCAGCGCUGGAAUUGGAGAAUAAAGUAGUUAGCAUAGCAUGGUCACCAAACAAUUUAAAGCUAGCUGUGGCAUCUUCUGAUCGUUCCAUUUACCUCUUUGAUGAAAAUGGUGUAAAACGGGACAGGUUUUCGACUAAGCCUGUUGACGCCAAGUUUGGCAAAAAAAGCUAUAUGGUGAAGGGUAUAGCCUUCUCCCCAGAAUCGACAAAAAUUGCAGUCGGCCAAACUGACUGUAUUGUAUAUGUUUAUAAAAUUGGAGAAGAUUGGGGCGAUAAGAAGGUUAUUUGUAACAAAUUUCGUCAGAGUUCCUCGGUAACUUGCCUGAUCUGGCUUGCGGAAGGCCCGAUCAUUGUAGGAUUGGCAGAUGGAAAAGUUCGCGCAGCUCUGGUGAAGUCGCAGAAGGCGCAAACCUUGUACACUUCCGACGCCAUGACGAUCGCGCUAGCUAGCAACGUCCGCGGCAGUGGUUUUCUGUCAAGCCACGCUGACGGCAGUAUCAUCCGCUAUUACGUCGCCGAAGACGGCAGCGCGGAACCAUCGGGGCGUGUAUGCGUUCAUAACGUGCCUGCUUAUGCUCUGGCGUGGCUGCAAUCGCAUAUUCUAGCCGGGGGUUGCGACAAACGACUGACUCUGUACGAUUCGUACGGCAAGGCGGCCAAGAGUUUCGAUUUUAGCCGCGAUCCUGAAGAGAGAGAGAUCACCGUGGCCUGUUGCAGCCCGAGCGGUCAGAGUGUCGCCGUGGGCUCGUGGGAUAAGGUGCGCGUCCUUGAUUGGACGCCCCGACGAGGUGUCUGGGAAGAAACGAAUGUGAGAGAAUUGCCGAACUUCUACACAGUCACGGCGCUCGCCUGGAGGCGAGACGGCUCGAAAUUGGUGGUCGGAGGAUUGUGCGGCGGUGUCGAGCAGUUCGAAACUAUCUUAAGGCGCACAGUUGUCCGCGGUAGUCACGAAGUGGCCUACGUGGGUCCCAGCCAGGUGGUGAUUCGUCCGUUGAGCGACUCUCCGCAGCGCUCUAUCGUCAUCAGAUCGCAGACAGGUCUGGAACUCGAGGAUGUGCGUGUGCUGGGGCGCAGAGACAACAACGUAGUAGCGCGAACGGCGCGUACCCUGCUGAUCGGCGACAUUGAGCUGGGUCUGAUGAGCGAAAUCCCAUGGGAAAACCAGCAUAACGGCAGUGAGAAAUUCUUCUUCGAGUAUCCGGUUGUCUGCUUGAUCUUCUGCUCGGGCGAGCUGACAAUCGUCGAGUACGGCCAGAACGAGGCUCUCGGCUCCGUGCGAACAGAAGCGGUGAAUCCGCACGUGGUGAGCGUACGCGUGAAUGAACGACCCUCGGCCGGCAGUGACGACAAUAAAAAGCUGGCUUAUCUAUUGGAUCCGAAAACUAUCCGCGUGGUCGAUCUGGUAACCGGCGCGACCGUCAACAUGAUCGUCCACGACGCUCGCAUCGAUUGGCUGGAGCUGAGCGAGGCGGGACAUCGAUUAUUGUCGCGCGAUAAGCGAAGUCGCCUUUGGCUGAGCGAUGAAACCGGCGGCAGAGUUCUACUGGUGUCCGGCGCAUCCUUUGCGUCCUGGGUGCCCGGUAGCGACGUCGUCGUCGCCCAGACCAGUCAAACCCUGGCCGUGUGGUACAACGUGGACGCGCCGGAAGCGGCGACGCUGACGCUGAUCAAGGGUGACGUGGUGGAUGUCGUUCGGGAAGACGGCAAGACGUCCGUGAUGGUGGAAGAGCACGGCGCCAAGGUGGCGUAUACGUUGGACGAGGGACUGAUCGAGUUCGGCACCGCGCUGCACGACAAUGACUUCGGCAGAGUCGUCCUGUUUCUGGAAAAUAUGGGCGACAGUCCGCAAGCGGAGACCAUGUGGGAGAACGUGGCGAAAAACGCGAUGAGCGAGAGGAAGCUCACGAUAGCCGCCAGAUGCUACGCCGCGAUGGGCGACGUAGCUUGCGCGAGGUUUCUGAAGGAGACCGUCGAGAUCGGUGAGAAGUACGCUAAGGAGACGGGCAACGACCCGAUGUCCUGUCCGGACUGCUGGGCUCGCCUGGCCAUAUUGGACGGCGACCUGAAGACGGCCGAGGCGAUUUAUCUCGAGCAAAACGAGCUGGACAAGGCGCUGGACAUGUACCAGCGUUACUGGCACUGGGAGGACGCUCUGAACUUAGCCCAGAGUCGUAACUGGAGCGGUCUGUCCGAGCUGCGGGAUCGCCAUUUAGCCUGGCUGCUGGAUAGCGGUCAGACGGUUCGCGCGGCUUCCAUUAUCGAGACCACGAAUCCCAGAAGAGCCGUAAAACUGUACUUGGAGGCGCGUCGACCCGGACGAGCCGCUCGACUGGCGCUCGCCAACAACGAGCUGCUGGAAGACGAACAAAUCGUCGAGGAGGUCAUCAGCAGCCUCAAGGCCACCGAUCUCAUGGAACUCGCCGGCGAAUUGCUGGAGAAGACGGGCGCCGGCGCUGAGGCGAUCGGCUGUUACGCUCAGGCUGGCGUCUUCGCCAGAGCCCUCGAUUUGGCGCGCAAAGUUGACGCCAGCAUGGUGGUCGAACUCGAGAGGGAUUGGGGGAAGCAUUUGGCGGCGAACGGUCACUAUGACGCCGCCAUUAAUCAUUUUAUCGAGGCGGGAGAAACAGUGCUAGCGCUCAAGGCGGCUAUUAACGCCCGACAAUGGAGGAAGGCUUUGCAGAUUAUACAGGUAAUUGAAGACGAUGAUCCCGAAAUUCAACAGCAGUGCGAAAAGCUGGGCGAGUAUUUCUCCUCGGUCGGCGAAGGGAACUUGGCGGAGAGUCUUUUCAUUCGUGCGGGAAACACUCAGCGUGCCGUGGAGAUGCACGUGCAGUCGGGCGACUGGAUGCGCGCACACCAGGUGGCUCAGGAACACAUGAAGAGCGACGAAGCCAACCAAGUGCUGGCGAAGCACGCCGACAGUCUGCAGCAAACUGGCGAGCUUCGUGCCGCCGAAGCGCUUUACGUCGCGAUCGGCGAUUACGACGCGGCGAUCGCCAUGUAUCGCAAAGCGGGAAAUCGUAGCGACAUGAUCAGACUAGUCGCCGAGCACCGGCCGGACCUCCUUCAGACCACUCACACGCAUCUGGCGAGGGAGCUGAACACCGCCGGCAAGCUGAGAGAAGCCGAAGAGCAUUUCCUAGGCGCUGGUGACUGGCGCGGAGCAGUUACAGCUUACAGAUCGGCAAAUAUGUGGGAGGACGCGUUGAGAGUCGCUAAGAAGGCUUCCGGAGAAAAAGCAGCACAGCAGGUUGCCUUGAUGUGGGCUCGAACGCUGGCUCCGGAAUUGGGCGCAAGACUCCUGAUGCGGCUUAACUACUUGGAGUCUUGCCUGCAACUGGCAUGCGAAGCCAGCCUGUUCGAGUGGGCUCUGGAAAUCGUCAAGUACGGCACGGAGGAUCAAAAGAAGGAAGUCCACUAUCGCUACGCCAUGGCGUUGGAGGAUGAGGGCCGCUUCGCCGACGCUGAGAAGGAGUUCGUGCAAGCCGGCAAGGCCGUGGAAGCUGUGCAAAUGUACAUUCACAGCCGCGAUUGGGAGUCCGCUGAGGAUGUCGCGCGAUCGCACAGCCAAGAGGCAGUGGCGCAGGUCUUGAUUGCACGAGCCGCCGAAGCCGCUGAAGGGCAGGAUUACGCGGCGGCGGAAGCUCUUCUUCUGAGAGCCCACAAGCCAGAGAUGAUAAUAGAGCAUUAUAAGACCGCCGGCAUGUGGUCCGAGGCAUUGCGAGUGUGCCGAGAGUAUUUGCCCAGUCAGGAGGCGGCCCUGCGUAGAGAGCUGGGUCAGAAAAGCGCGGGGCCGGACGGUGCGAACGCGUUAGAGGAGGCUCGCAAGUGGCUCGACCUCGGGGAAGUGCGGCCUGCCUUAGACACUCUGAUUCUGAAUCCGCAGGCGCCGAGAUCUUAUCUCAUUCGUGCGGCUGACAUCCUUCUGCAUCAGGCGGAUCCCGAAACCGCGGCGGAGAUCGGCGGUGAUCUGGGCACACGCUUGUUUUCCGUCGGUGAACACGCGCUCGCCGCUCAAGUGUUUCUUCAGGCUGAUCGGCUGAAGGACGCGGUGAGCUCGUUGGUGGCGGUCGGCGAAUGGGAUCGUGCGCGUCGAAUCGUCCGCGAGCUCGCUCCCGAUCUCGAACCGUAUCUCGAUGAAAAGUACCAGGAUGCCAUGGCGAACGAAGGGGAAAUGGAGCGGCUGGCGGAAGUGGACGGUAACGCCGCCCUCGAGGUGAUGGCGCGCAAGGGUCAGUGGAGUCAAGUAUUCGACGCCGCGGCCUCGCAAAGUUCAGAAGUUUUGCACAAAUUUGUGGCGCGACGUGCCGCGCAGUUGCUGAAGGGCAACGCCGCGUCGCAGGCGUUGCAGCUUUACGCGCAAUACGGCGCGCCCGCGAUCUCGCAGAACUUUAAUCUGUACCUGCAGUUGGCGGAAAGCGUCUUAAACGCGGAGCAGCACGAAUACAGAUAUCUGGCUCAACUCCGCGACGUUUUGCACAGUCUCAGCCGUUCGUCGCCGUCUUUCGAUAAAUUCGAGCGUCUUUUGGAGGCUGCGCACCUCGCCGCGUUGAGACACGGCUGCCGUGCGUUGCCAGCGCUUUCUGGCGUUGCCGUGAAAGCGUCCAUCCGCCUGUUGCGGCACACCGACGUCCUCCGCGCAGAUAUAUGCUACUACGAAGCGGGCGCCGCGGCGCGCACCGCCGGUCUCUUGAGCGAAGCCUUCGUUUUUCUCAACCACUUCCUCGAUCUGGAGGAGUGCAUCGAGGAAGAGGGCGACGGCAACAUUCUCGACGUGGACGAUCUACGCGUCACCGACUUUCCGCUGGAGGUUCCGCUUCCGGAGAAGCUCGGCGUCUCGGCGGAUCAGCGCGAGGAGGCGAGAGAGUGGGUGCUGGCGGUGUCUAUGGACCAAAAGAUCGAGCAGGGUCUGCCGGUCGAUCAGAGGGGCGUUUACGUCGGCUCUCUGACGUCGCCGACUAGCUCUGGCGCGCCUCUUCAACCGUGCGCGAUCACGGGAUACCCGAUACGAGGCCCGGUUAUCAGAUUCGAGGAGUCCAGCCGCGUGGCUGAUCGCGAUGACUGGAACAAGCUGGCCAACGCGGCCCGACAGGCGACACCGGAUUCGCCGAUUAACGAUAUCUUGAGAUUCCUUCAGGAAUGGUGCGGCAUGGCGCCGAAGUAUUCGUUCUGAACAGAUGAUUUGAAGCGGUUUUAAUAAAGGUAAUGUAAAGAAUAAACAUUAUAAUUUAACACUGCGUGUAGAUAAAUAAAUAAAUAAUAUUAAGGACAUUUUGUAUCUAAUUUACGUCAUUUCGCCGUUUUUCGUCGCUUACUGAUUCUUGUUCAGUUCAGCAAUCUGUACUUUAGGAUCAAAAUUAUGUUUAUUAUAUAUAAUUGAAUUGAUAUACUUA